AUGUGCAAAUCACAAGAGAAUUUUGUGCGUCCUAAACAAAAUGUAACGCGCCUUGUGGAAACAUCACCUCGAAAUGGUAUUGUUGUCUUGGGAUGUGACGAUCAUUAUGGCUCUGAAAUUGAUCCCUCUAUCAGUGGUCUCGGGGGUCUAGCUCCUGGUGAUGAUGUCUAA